AGGUGGACAGCUAACGCAAUGCAUCUCAAAUGCAGCUUCAGAUGAUUUUUUAGCUGGACGUGUUUUUUGUUUUGUUUCUCCUUUUUUGUUGCGGCAGUGAAGCCUGAGAGGAAGGAGACAGGAGAAUGUUUUCAACAGAAGACUCCUGGACAUUUGGAAUUGUAUCCAUUCAAGGAUCAGGGCUCAUAAAUUGAUAUAUAACAGUUUUGCACUUGACAAGAACACAAUGUGUUAUAGCCCUUUGGAAACUCUGCAGCAGUUUUGUACCAAGGUUAUAAUAGUUUAGGAUUUUUCAUUCGUUUUAGUUUUAAUUCCGUUGUGAUUUUUUGUUUUCAAAUUCAGUUAGUUUUAAUUAGUUUUUAGAGUGAGUUUGCUAGUUUUUCUUAGUUUUUAUUUUUUGAAAAUGCUUAGUUUUAGUUUACGUUUUAUUAGUUUUAGUGUUCGUUUUAGUUUUUUUUGUAAUAGGGUAUUUGUUGGGUGCCAGAUUUAAAAAAGUCACAGUAAAUGUUCCUUUAUUUCCUUUGUCUGAUCCAUCUCAGCCCCAAUAAGUUUAUUAAGUCAUAAAACCAGAUAGACGAAAUCGGUUUCAUAUCAACCAAAAAGGUUUACGUAUGAAAAAAGUUGACAAAGACAAAAACGAAGCACCUUUUCACUAUAAUUUUAGUUAGUUUUAGUUAGUUUUGUAACCACAAAAUACAGUUUCAGUAAGUUAUCAUUUUUUAAAAACUCUCGUUUUUAUUUUUAUUUCAGUUAACAAAAAUGCCUUUUCAGUCCUAGUUUUCGUUAUUUUGUUAGUUUUCAAUAACUAUAAUAACCUUGUUUUGUACAGUGUUUAAAAUGUAUAUAUGGAUAACUCAGAGAUACUAAAUAUAUAACCAAAAGAUUAAUGUAAACACUGUCACAUGGAGCAUGGAUUGGAACUUCUAUCCAAUAUUAAUAUCAAGAGUAUAAAGAGUGUUAAAGUUAAACGACUUAGUAGCAAAGCUCAUCCAUAACCAGUAAGGACAACAACAGAAAGUAAAACCCUGUAUGUGACAGAUCAGAAGUAAGUUACAACAUUGCACAAAGUGACUGAUCCUCAGCGAUGAGUGUUCCUCAGCCCAGUAAGGGUUUCCUCGUCGGGGGAAAAAACGGACCCAGCAUGAACCUCCCUCUCCACAGUGUGGGAGACCACAAUGGGAAUGCUUUCCCGAAUUCCUCCUCCUCCUCCUCCUACUCUUCCUCUUGUCUGGGGGAGUCGUCUCCUGAGUCUCUGCGUAGUGUGAGCAGCCUCAGUGGGGGCAGGACUGACAGCCCACUGGACUAUGACAUGUUUGAGGUUACUCUGAUGACAACAGUGAUGACCACAACGGAAAAAAUUAACAAUUUGGUCAUUUCAGAAUGGGAGCCAGAGGAAGAACGCCAUGAGGAUGUCUCUGUGGGAGGAACACAGACAGAGAUAUCAGCAUCCAAUGACAACUCUGUGUCUGUUUACCUGGACGCAAACAGCUAUGAAUACCAGCAGGACACCUGGAAUGACAAUGAUGACCUCAUCAGUGGCAGCAGUAGAGGGAGAAGGCGUAGCUCUUCUACUCCAGACUCAGAUGCAACAGAAAUCCCAGCUGAUAAAGAUGAUUAUGAUGAAGAAGAGGCUUUGUUCUUGUCUGUGAGCUCUGACACAGGUGUUGGGAGAAGCAGCAUGACCCUAACAAACUCAACUAGUCAAUCCAGCUCAGUGUGUGUGACAGCUGAGCUCCAGACUGAGGGGACUAUGGCUAUGAGUGGAGCUAAUAAUGACAGGUCAGAGCUGCUGUUAGAAGGGCUUGAAGUGGCCUGUCCCUUGGCUUUACUGGUAGAAAGCCAGGCAGAGCCUCCUGCUUCUGAGGACCUUCGUGAAACCACACAGAUAUUAUAUUCUCCCUCUUCUACCAAUCCAGAUCAAGAUGGUGAGGGAGUUGCAUCUCCUUCAUCUGUGGAAACUGACAGAUGUGCAGUGGGCCCCAAAUCCUCCCAACCUCGUCACACCCAGCCAGACAGAGCAGCAAAAACUAAAACAUCCACUGCUACUUCAACUAUUCAGAAGACAGCAGUGUCCACGGCCUUCAAACCAUCCAGUCUGGAGGCUAAGAGAGUUUCCAGACUGGACUCUAAAGAUGUUGUGGCUAAAGUUGGAUCACGGUUGACCUUGUCUCCACCUAAAACACCCAACCAGCAGAACACAUCUGCACCAGCCAAUGGAAAGAGAGCUAUCUCCUGGGAGGAGGAAGCACUGACCGGGUAUGCAGGUAAAAAGCAGAGGUCAUCUGCAGGCCAAGUCAAAGUGGCCAUGAUGCUGAAAUCCAUCAAAGGAGGGAGCAGUAACUUUAAAACCAGCCACAAGACAACAGCUAAUGGCUUUGCACAGACACAGAGGAAGGGUCCAGCUGUUGGUCGAACUCUCUCCACUUCAAGCAGCUCUGUGGGGUCUGAGGUGGUGGAGGAAGUUCUCCUGAACCCUCCCAGGACUGAUGGGCAGGAUAAACAUGAACCAACUGGAGGUGUGAGGUUGAAACAUCGAAGUAAAGAUGUUCAAGAUGGUCCUGGAAAGUCUUUAAAGACAGAGGCUGCUGUGGAGAAACCAAGGAAUCUGAGCAGGAAAGUCUCCACCAAGCUGGGGCCCAAUGCCAGGCAGCAGGGGAGAGGCACCAGAGUGGAUAAGGGGCCCAAGGGACCGGAUCCACCUCCAGGUUCAGGGACUGGACCUCUAGGACAGGGGAGCCCUGGACCCAGGCAAAUACAAAGUGAUGGCUCCACAUUGGGAGAGGGUGGACAUAGCGCUGGGAGUGGAUCAUCAAAGAGGCAGAGCCAGGGUAUCCCCAAACCUGGCAGCGCCGCAGAACGAACCGCUGUUCCUGGUCCAGCAACAUCCAACAAACCAACAGUCAAUCAGCAGCCAGUCAGACGACCUGAUGCACCCACAUCUAAACUUCCUGUGAAAGGAUUACCCACAAGCCCGAGUUCCUCAUUACUUGGAUUCAGUGAGAUUAGUGAAGCCACAAACAAAGAUUCUCCAGCAUCUCCAGGACGCCCAGCACCAACAGGGACCAAGCCAGAUGGGCAGGCCAGCAGAAGCACACUUCCUGUGGACAUUCAGAGCACAGCAAAGCCUCUCAUCUCCAGCACUGAAACAACCACCAGCAACAAUACCAAUACUACUGACGUUGUUUCUAGUGGUGUUGCUGCUACUUCCAAACCUCCUGCUCCGAAAAGCAGAGCUCUGUCACUGCAGGCCAGGCCCACUGCUACAGGUCUGAAGGCCCCAACAGUCACCAGCCACAAUGCAGCCAAGACAGCCGCCGCCAAUCAAAUAAAGACGGUUUCUGCUGCCAGUCAGGUUGUGACAAGGCAAGCAUCCCAGUCCCCCUUGCAAAGAAGCGGCUCAGCAAAACUCAGUCGAAUUAACAGCACAGUGGAGAAAAACAAGCCCUGGGAGGCGCCAGCAAGACCCAUAAACACUAACAGCAGCUCCCAGGUAGCAGCACCUGCAAGAGGAAACAACCAGAGAAAGCAACAUCAACCUCCAGCUGAACCGGUUUCAGAUGUGGGGAAUACUAAUCCAACAGUGACAGCAGUUCCCCCGGUGGCUACUACUGAUACCAGCAAAACUGGGUCAGGCACCACUGGAGCCUCUGGUCUUGGGUUCAGAGCAAAAACCGGGUCAAGGCUAACCUCCAAAACAGGAUCCCGUCUACAGAAUGCAUCCAAGCCUGGCGCAACCGUCUCAGACCGGAUGGUCACCACUAAACAGAACCAGAGCAAAGAGCAGGCGGAGAAGAAGAACCAGGCCAUCAACCAGCUCAGGAAGCUGCUCGUCCAGGGGAACAGGAGAGUGGAGGCUCUGGCUACAGUCAUACAACAUCUCUUCAUUGAGCAUGAGGAAGCCUUGAAGCAGAAGGAGAGGUUGUCGCGGGAACUGGCAAACCUUCGAAAUGAACUGGUCAUAUCCUCUCAGUGCUGUGAGCAUCUGAAGAAAGGGAAGGAGGAGGUACGCACCAGCUUGGAGGAGGCCUUGAACAGGCAGGAGGAGAAACACAAGGAGGAGCUAGUGCAGCUGGAGGACAGGUUGAGGAGUUUUUACCAAACAGAGUGGGACAAAGUCCACCACACGUACCAGGAGGAGGCUGACAAGUACCGCAUUUUGAUGGAGCAGCAGGUAGAGAAACUGAGGAGCCGACAGGAAGCAGAGAGGAAGAACCAGGAAGUGAGUCACAACCAGAAGAUGGAAUCUCUUAAACUGCAGUAUGAGACCUCCACACAAGAGCUGAAGAGGAUCCAGCAGACAGAGCUGGAGAACCUGAAUAAAACACUGAAGGACACUGAAACAUCUCUCUCUGAGAAAAUAUGUGAGCUGUCAGCAGAGAACGAGGCUCUGAAUGAGAAGCUGAAAGUAGAGGAGGAGGGAAGGAAGCAGAUACUCACUGAUAGGAAUCUGAAGGACUCCCACACACUGUACCUGGAGCAGGAGCUGGAGAGUCUUAAGGUGGUACUGGAGAUCAAGAACAACCAGGUGCACCAGAAGGAGAAGAAGCUCAUGGAGAUGGACAAACUGUUGGAGACUAAUGUGAAGUUGGAGGAAUGUAUGAAGAAGGUCCAACAGGAGAACGAGGACUACAAGGCCCGCAUGGACAAACAUGCUGCUCUCUCCAGGCAGUUGUCCACUGACCAGGCCAAACUCCAGCAGACGCUGCAGAAAGAGUCCAAAGUCAAUAAGCGGCUAUCGAUGGAGAACGAGGAGCUACUGUGGAAGCUUCACAACGGCGACCUGCUGGCGAGUUCCCGCCGCCUCUCACCCACCUCGCCCUUCGGUUCACCACGGAACUCUGCCUCCUUCCCCAUCACUGCACCUUUAUCGCCUAGAUAACCCCAACAAUAAAGGACAAGUCCUUCCUCUCCUCUGACCUCCUGCAUCUCCUAAAAACCUUUACAAACCUCACAAAGAUGGUGACUUACCCAAAUACAGAGAAAGACUUUAGUCACAGCAGUAUUGGAUAUUAAUGAUGAACUUGUACAUUUUAAAUGAACCGCAUUAAAGAUGGUUAUUUGUAAAGUGAAAAGACAUUGCAGAGACACUAAGUCUCAGAGUGGGAUUGGCCUUGCUCUCUACCAAAUGCCUGGUUUUUCUAAAGAAAACACAAAUAACAGGCACACCUCAGGGUCUUUAAAUGGCACCUCACUCUUGUUAUGACUAUCCUUACCUUUUUCUCAUAUGUUGUACAGUUUUAGUUUCAGCUCAUCCUGUUCUUUUAUACCACACUCCCUAAAGGGGUAGGUGAGAAAAAACCUUGGAUUUGUGGCGUAUACAGAUUUGUUGAAACAAACUCAAAGUUGUUUGGGGUUCGACAAAUUGUAAAUCUGCAGUAUUUCUUGGUGGAUUAGCAUGGAAUAUUUUGCCUUUUCCCUUCCUUCACAGAGGAUGUUUUACCCCAAAGAGCGAAGCUCAAUCACUGACCUGCUUCACACCUCUGGAAGAAGUGGAUGAACCGUUUGUCCUUUUAGUUCAGCUGAGGAGCUGAGCUAAAUGACUGACAUGAACCUUUGAUCCAGUGCAUAUGGAUAUGUUCCUCUGUGUAAGGUCCUCACAACGCUACCUUAAUCUAUGUGGAAUGUAAUCACCCUUGGAUGUUAAAUCUGUUCAGAAACUCAAACUUUUAAGAGCCAAAAUGCAAAGUAUCAAUACAAAAAGUAUCACUU